AUGCUCAAUCAAAUGGAGGAGGACAAGCAGCUGGCCAGGGAGGUGUACCAGGAGUGGGAGCAGGGACUGGACAAGGCCAGGGAUGGGUGCCAGGAUCUGGGCUUGGUGGUAGUGGAGGAGUCCCUGGAGGUUAUGGUCCAGGUACUGGUUAUGGACCUAGUGGUUAUGCACCAGGAGGGGGUGCUGGGACCGGACUUGGCCAAGGUGCAGGGCCUGGAUCUGGGCUUGGUUCUGGGGGAGUGCCUGGUUCUGGAUACAGACCUGGAGGUGGUUUACCUGGUAGUGGGAUUGUUGCUGGCUAUGGACCUGGUGCUGGUUCUGAAGGAUAUCCUGGUGGGGUCCAGGGGGAGGUGGAGGAGCUCCAGGAGGAGGCCUGGGUGUGCAGUUCGGUUUGCCUGCAGGAGGUUUGCCAGGUGGAGCCUAUGGACCAGGGGUGGCUUUAGGAGGCAGGAGGAGGAGUACCUGGGGGUGGAUAUGGGACAGGGAGCUGGUCCUGGUGCUGGGUUUGCUCAGGGAGCAGGAGGAGUCCCUGGAGGAGGCUAUGGACCUGGAGGAGCCGAAGGGGUACCAGGCAGCUAUGGUGCUGGACAAGGUGGCUUUGGACCAGGUUACGGAACUCAGUCUGGAUCUAAAGCACCCAAAUAUGGCCCAGGUGGGGCAGCAGGGGACCUUGGUGCUGGAGCAGCUGUCGGGACUGUGGCAGGGACAGGGACCAGGGACAGGGUGGGCGCUGGAGGAGUUGCAGGAGGUGUCGGAGCCACGCCUAGACCAGGCAUAGGAGCGGGAGGAGAUGGCACUGGGAUAGGAGCUGGGACAAACGGGACAGGCAUAGGAGGAGCAGAAGGUGUUGGUGCUUGGAAGGAUGGAGAAGAAGGUCUAAAUGGAACCAAAGCACCAGGUGAGCCUGGUAUUGCCGGUGGGGCUCUAGAAGGAUCUGAAGGUUCUGGUGGCCCUGGAGACGGUUCCAGCCUUGCAGGCGGUGCUGCUGGAGGAACUGUCAGGGGUGAUGGUCUUGGAGGAAUUGGAGAAAAAACAGCAGAUAAAUCUGGGGUCAGAGGCACGGCAAUUGCAGGAACUGAAGUGCCAGAAAUUGUUGCUGGAGUGGUUCAACCCAGUGGUGGAUCAGGAGUGUCAUCUGCCGGUGUGGGAACAGGGGUUGGUGUCGGUGCUGACGGAAAACCUUCUAAGGAAGGAGAAACAGGUGCUGCUCUUGGUGACGUAAUUGGAGCGGGGACCCUACCUGUAGCUAAACCUCUGAAACCUCCAAGAGGUGACACACCUGGUGAAGGAGAUGCAGAUGCAGGUGCAAUUCCUAGUGGUGUUGAAACAGGAAGACCUGGUGGAUUUGGAACAGGAGGACCUGGUGGAGUUGGAACAGGAGGACCUGGUGCAGUUGGAACAGGAGGACCUGGUGCAGUUGGAACAGGAGGACCUGGUGCAGUUGGAACAGGAGGACCUGGUGGAGUUGGAACAGGAGGACCUGGUGGAGUUGGGAGAGGAGAUGGACCAAGCAGCACUGAUAAACCACCCAAAAGCUACGGAGCAGGUGCAGCUGGCAGCCUGGGUGCAGGAGGUGUUGGAGGAGGUCCUGGAGGAAUAGGUCCGGACGGGGCAGCAGGAACCGGCAUUGUCCCUGGGACUGGUGGUGCUGGUAGUGUAGUAGCUGGAACCCCCAAACCAGGAAAAAGCUACAGAGUUGGUGGAGUCCUGCCAGGUCGAGGAUAUGGUGAUGGCCAAGUUGGAGCAGCAGGACGAGGUCUUGGAGGGUAUGGAUAUGGAGCCGGUCCUGGAGGAUACGGCAUUGGACCGGGUAGCUAUGGGUCCGUACCUGGUGGUUAUGAAGCUGGUGCCGGUCCAGGGGGUUAUGGAGCUGGUCAAGGUGGCUAUGGGGUUGGCCCUGGAAGAUAUGGGGCUGGAGCCGGUCCUGGUGGCUCUGGUGGAUCCAAGACAGGGAAGACUGGAGCUGCUGGUGGAGGUCUGACUGGAGCUGGUAGCCUGGGUGCUGGAGCAGGUAUAGGAGGAGGUCAAGGUGGAGCUGGAACAGGUGGCUAUGGAUCAGGCGGAGCUGGCACUGGAAUUGGUACAGGCCCUGGAAAACCACUUAAAAGGCAUGGGGGAACCAGUGGAGGGCCUGGUGGUUACGGUGCUGGACCUGGUGGCUAUGGACCAGGAGGAACUGCAGCUGGUCUAGGUGGAGCAGGCACCCGACCAGGUGGGGCUGGACAAAUGGGAUAUGGUGCCGGACCUGGGAGUUAUGGACCAGGUGGAGUAGGGACCAGACCAGUUGGUGCAGGAACCGGACUAGGUGGCUAUGGUGCUGGGACUGGAGGUAUUGGGGCUGGACCUGGUGGCUAUGGACAAGGUGAAGCUGGACGUGGGGCUGAACAGGGAACUGGAGCAAGAGGGUAUGAUGCAAAUGCAAAAGCUCGUAAAUACGGUAUGCUAAGUAGUCCCUUUGGAGGACAAGGAGCCAGCCAGGGAGUGCCAGGAGCAGGGACUGGAUUAAGCCAGGAAGGAGUUUCUGGAGUUGGUGGUGGAAGAGGAGUCCCUGGUGGUUAUGGUCCUGGUGCUGGGUAUGUCCCUGGUCAGGGAGGUGCUGGGGUCAGACCAGGCAGUUAUGGGCCAGGUGGAACUGGGGCCGGACCAGGCGGUUAUGGGCCAGGUGGAACUGGGGCCGGACCAGGCGGUUAUGGGCCAGGUGGAACUGGGACCGGACCAGGCGGUUAUGGGCCAGGUGGAACUGGGAUCGGACCAGGCGGUUAUGGGCCAGGUGGAACUGGGGCCGGACAGGGUGGUUAUGGGCCAGGUGGAACUGGGGCCGGACAGGGUGGUUAUGGGCCAGGUGGAACUGGGGCCGGACCAGGUGGUUAUGGGCCAGGUGGUUAUGGGCCAGGUGGAACUGGGGCCGGACCAGGUGGUUAUGGGUCAGGUGGAACUGGGGCCGGACCAGGUGGUUAUGGGCCAGGUGGAACUGGGGCCGGACCAGGCGGUUAUGGGCCAGGAGGAACUGGGGCCGGACCAGGUGGUUAUGGGCCAGGUGGAACUGGGGCCGGACCAGGUGGUUAUGGGCCAGGUGGAACUGGGGCCGGACCAGGUGGUUAUGGGCCAGGUGGAACUGGGGCCGGACCAGGCGGUUAUGGGCCAGGAGGAACUGGGGCCGGACCAGGUGGUUAUGGACACGGUGGAGCUGGCAUCAGACAGGGAACUGGAACUAGAGUAUACGAUGCCAAUGCAAAAGCUCGUAAAUAUGGUAUGCUAAGUGGUGCCCUUGGGACCGCAGGAGGAGGACAAACAACAGGUCAGGGAGGUGUACCAGGAGUGGGAGCAGGGACUGGACAAGGCCAAGGAGGUAUACCAGGAGGGGCAACAGGGACUGGACAAGGCCAGGGAGGAGUUCCUGGAUCUGGGUUUGGUGGUGGAAGAGGAGUACCUAGUGGUUAUGGUCCUGGUGCUGGGUUUGUUCCUGGUGGUGGUUAUGGACCAGGAGGGGGCACUGGGACUGGACCUGGCCUGGGAGGAGCUGACGCCAGACCAGGUGGUUAUGGACCUGGUGGUGCUGGAACAGGACCAGGUGGUUAUGGACCUGGUGGUGCUGGACAAGGACCUGGAGCUGGAGGGUAUGAUGCAAAUGCGAAGGCUCGUAAAUAUGGUAUGCUAAGUGGUGCCCUUGGGACCCCAGGAGGAGGACAAACAGCUGGCCAGGGAGGUGUACCAGGAGCAGGGCCUGGACUAAGUCAGGGAGGAUAUGUCCCUGGAAGUGGACUAGUUGGCAGUUAUGGGCUAAGAGGGGGCGCUGGGACUGGAUUUGGCCAGGGUGGAGUUGGGACCGGACCAGGAGGCUACGGGGCUGGGUCUAGUGGUUAUGGACCAGGUGGUACCGGUGAGGGUGCAGUGAAGCCAAACAAGUCAGGUUAUAGCUCCACAUCCUUACGGGGAUCUCGCUAUGGACCAGGUGGUGGAGCAGGACAUGUACCUGGAGCUGGAGUGACUGGGGGAACAGGGGGAAUGGGAGGAGUACUAGGAGGGGUACCUGGUGUUGGAGUGGCUGGUGGAGUGGGAGGAGUACCAGGGGCUGGUGUCCCAGGCUAUGGAGGUGUUGCUGGUGGAUAUCCAGGAGGAUAUGGAACAGGAGGGGCGGGGCAGAAAUCCAAUGCACAGAAGGCAGCCAAGUAUGCAGCCAUGCAGGGCUUUUUGGGAGCAGGCAGCUACAGAGGUGGCGCCAGCUGCCAGGGGAAAUACUGCGGACGGAGGAAGAAGUGAGUGAGCAGCAGAAGGAAAUGACCUCAUCAACAACAUUGUGGUGCUACCGCUUAAAUUUAGACUAUGGAGAUUCUUCAAUGACCAACAGUGUCCCCUUUACGUCUUUUGAAAGUUUGUAUCUCUGGCUUUGUGUGACCUUUUAUUCUGAAACUGUGAUCAUUAACGUCAAACUGUAGAGUUUGACCUAUUGUAACAGAGUUUAGGAUGAUCAUUGUUAAUUUUAUAAUCACCUGUACACCUUUAUCUGAAGUCAUGCAGUACCCCUUUACCCAUGUAGCUCCUACUUGUUUUAAACACUGAUACUAAGGCCUCUCAACAGAGUGUCUCUAGACCUGUGUGUUUGCUGACAUUGAACCACCACAUUUGACUGUCUGUUUCCUUACUAACAUCACUGAAGUGUACAACACCGCUGUCUGAAAGUAUGCUAUGGACAAGAAGGCCAAGACUCAACAUUUGUACUUGCACUUUUCAAUUUGCUGUACCUAAUUUUUGUUUAACCCACAAAUGUCUAGUUGCAAAUGUUUAAAAAAAAUCUGUCUUAAGGCAUCUUGACAUGGCAAUAUACACACUGCUGCUAUUUUGACAGGCUGUCAUGGGAGUUCACUUUAGCAUGGUUUCACAGCCACUGUUUAAGAUUUAGUACAGUAUCCCCUCUGAUCAACAGCGAAGCUUGUUCUCAGUAUUCUUAGCAAGGUUGUGAGAUCAACUGUAUUCAAUUACAAUGCUUUAACUGAAUAUAUAAUAAGGUUUUAAUGAGGCACCUGCAGACUGCUGAGAUCCUACUAUCACUGAUGCAGAACUAUGGGCUUUAUUCAAGCCGUAUUGUGCAAGCUCUGUAUUUCAGAAUAAUUAAAAUCUGAAUUAAAUGUAAAUGCAGCAUAUGCCAGCUCAAAUCACCUCUGAAAUUCUACUGUACCAAUACGGGUUAAAUAGAGCGCCAUGUCCUUUUACUCUGAACUUUACUUGUUUCUAAGUUAAUUUUGGCUUUUUAAAUUAUGAAGAAAAAAUGCUCACACAUUUAUCUAAAUGUUUAAUCUCCGUGUAGGAUUUGAGUAAUUGUGAUUGUUUGACAUUUAAUUUGUAAAAUUUUUAUAAAGUGCUUUAUUUUCUAUAUUUUCUUUAAAUGCUCUGUCAUGAUUUACCAGAAGAGUCAUGUUACAUUAUGUUAAAUUUUGUAAU